GCCUACUACCUCUACGCCACGGGCUACAAGGAGCUCGACAUCUGUCUGGGCAAGAAGCUGCGGACCAUGCAACAGGGCAAGGGCUGCCAACGCCACCGCGGCACGCAAUGCAAGGCGAUCUCCGCGGCCGAGCUCCGCAUCUCGCGCCUUCUGAGAGACAGCGACCUCACCGUAAUGCCACUCGCCCUGGCCGACGACGGCUACAUCAGCCCCGACGCGCACCCGAUCGCCAGACAGAUGACCUUCGACAUCCAGGACCUCCUCACCUACGACACUGCCGAACCCUUGGACUUGCUGGACUGGAAGGGCAACGCUAUCGCGCUGUUCACGGACCCCGAGAUCGCCGAAGCGUUCUGCGGGAUCGACGUGGGCAUCGUGAGGGCUGCCUAUCUUCCGCGCGCUGUCGCGCCGCCUGGUGCCUCCGCCGAGCUCCCAUCGGAGCUCGCCCCAUCCGACGAGGCCGAACUGUUCGUCU